AAAUAAUAAAAGCAGCCAAAGAGUAUAAAAACUAGCUAGGUUUGAUAUUGUCUAUUCUGCUGUGACUACACAGACUAGCUGUCCCCAUAUUAGUCUGUAAUCUAAAUCUGUCCUGCUCCCAACUACAAUAUUUAACCAAAGAUCAGAGAGAAUCCUCAGAGCUGAUGCUGGCAUUGUUUGUAUGUCCUGCUGCUCUGUCGGUGUCACUUCUUCUGUUAUCAGUAAACAUUACUCGCAACCUACACUACUGUUCAAAAGUUUGGGGUCAUCCAGACAAUUUCAUGUUUUCCAUGAAAACUCACACUUUUAUCCAUGUGCUAACAUAACAGCACAAGGGUUUUCUAAUCAUCAAUGAGCCUUUCAGCACCAUUAGCUAACACAAUGUAGCAUUAGAACACAGGAGUGAUGGUUGCUGGAAAUGUUCCUCUGUACCCCUAUGGAGAUAUUCCAUUAAAAAUCAGCUGUUUCCAGCUAGAAUAGUCAUUUAACACAUUAACAAUGUCUACACUGUAUUUCUGCUUUAUUUAAUGUUAUCUUCAUUGAAAAACAGCUUUUCUUUCAAAAAUAAGCACAUUUCUAUGUGACCCCAAACUUUUGAACAGUAGUGUAAGUCAUUUGCGUUUCCAGUGCGUCUCUCUGCCUCCUCAUCCUCUCUGGACCUCGCUGAGUUUCCACAACAGAGAUCAUAAAACAAAAAACAUAAAAGCAAUCAGGUCAUAAAAGACACUCAUAUGUCACAUAUUCUUCGAGGCCUUUUGAUAAAAGAAAUCUUUUAGAGUAGAUUUUAUGUCUGUCUGAUCUCCGUUGGCAGACUAUUUCACGGUUUAGGUGCUGUAGAGGUAAAAGCCCGGUCACCGUUGGUUACAAGCCAAGACUUAAGAAGCCGAGUUCCAUUUACUGAUCUGAGAGAGCACCCUGAGACACAAGGGUUUAAAAGGUCUGCAGUCUAAUUUGGAGUAAAGCCGUUUAAAAGUGACCAGAUAUUUUAAAUAAAUGCAGAAGUUUACAUGUAGUUGCUGUAAAUUGACAACUACUUGAGUGAUAUGAUCAUAUUUCCUGCUUAAGAACCAGGCAGCAGCGAGCUAAACCAGAUGGUGAGAAGAUCUCUGACGUGAGCUUAAAAUAAAUGUACGUGUAAUUUCGUGCAAAUUGGCGUCAGACAGCAAUGAUCUAAUUAUAGAGGUUUGUUUUAGCUGAGAAAAGCCGGAUUGGACAGUGCCUUUGUUGUCACCAAAAUCACAACAAACAAGGAAAUCGUUCACAAUUUUAGGCAACACGAUUAAAUUUUAAAUAAAGCAUUGUCUCAAAAUCCAGCCGAUAAAAUCUUUGAAUGUUUCAAUGUCUGAUGCAGUGAAAAAGGGGACAAGUGAGGCAGGAAUUAAGAGCAAUAAAGCCUCUUUUAGACAUCCACUCCUUCACAUUAAUCUGAUAGCAUUGAAACAAGAUGGUUUUAUGUCUGAAUGAGCAUUUCAAGCUCUUUCUGUAAAUGUUGUGACGGAAAUCUUACAAAGUUGGACAUAAGUCUGAACUGAGAGUUGUUGCAUUUAUGGAUAAGCAUGGAAAUUCAACAGGAAAUGUGUUUCUGGGGAGUUUAAUGAUGAUGUGAAAGUUGUAACUCUGCUUUCUUAAUGCAUUUUGAUUGUCGUUACGAAAACUCUCAACUCUCUAGUUACACUAUUUGCUCUUAGGGUCUCAGUCAGAACUUUUCUUUAUCUUUGUGUUCCCUUAAAAUAGUUUUGCAUCACCUCACAAUCCUUUUGUGGUCCUUCACAGUGCAAUUGCUUGACAUUCCUUAUAUUCCUUCUGACUGAUAAGAACAGUGGUGUUGGUCCAGUCCAGUUGUAAACCACUGCAAGUCUAGGGAAACACAGAUACUAUUGAAAAAAAAAACAGAUAACGGAACAUUUUUGCUCUGUCUGCUGUGGUGUUGAAGCUGUGGUUGGAUAUUUGUUCGGACUUCGGCUGCUGCUGUGAAUUUGUUCAGCUGCUACUAUUUGAACCUGCAGUGCUGCUAUUACAGACGUGUUUAUUAGUUUAGGACUGUAGGAAAACAGUAGCAGGAAUACACACAAACAUUACUGUGUGUGAGGGAAGAUAAAAGAUGUUGAGGGAACAAAAAAAUUGUUCUGCAGGAACUCAAAAGUUAUUGCAAUCAACACAAAAUGUCUGGUGAGGGAACACAAAAGUAAUUUUUAGGAAAUGUCAAAGUUGUUGUGGAUCAAUGCAAAACUUGUGAGGGAACAUAAAAGUUGUGGUCAAAUGCAAAAGCCAUUGUGAGGAAACGUAACAUUGUCAUAACGUCUUGUCAAGGAACAUAGAAGUUGCUGAGAGGGAACAUGACAAUUGUUGUGUACCAAUGCGCAAGUUUUUGUGAUGGAACUUAAAUGUUGUUGUCAAAGAACAGGAAAGUUAUUGUGAUGAAAUACAAAAUGACUUGUGAGGAAACCCAAACGUUGUUGAGAGGGAACGCAAAAUUUGCACUGAGGGAACGCAAAAUUUGCACUGAGGGAACGCAAAAUUUGCACUGAGGGAACGCAAAAUUUGCACUGAGGGAACACAAAAUUUGCACUGAGGGAACACAAAAUUUGCACUGAGGGAACACAAAAGUUCCGGCGAGGGAACAUGACAGUUGUUGUGAGGGAAUGUGAAUGUUCUUGCAAAAGAAUGGGAAAGUUAUUGCAAUGAAACACAAAAUGUCUUGUAGAGAACCCAAAAGUUGUUGUAAGGGAACACAAACUUUGUAGAGAGACAGUUGUUGUGGACAAACGUUAAAGUUGUUGUGAGGGAACAUGAAAGUUGUUGCUAAGGAACUGAAAAGGUAUUGCGAGCGAACACAAAAUUUGCAGUGAGGGAAUGCAGAAGUUAUUGGAAUGUAAAACUUCUCACCCUGUCCUUUAAACCUUUAUUGCACUUCAGUGCAGACAUGCUCACUGUGAACACAAAAAAGACAAAUAUUUAUCCUACUUUUCCAGUGUGCAGGAUUCUGGUUGGAUAUCUCAGUUUGCUCCAUGUGCAGUCAGUCAUAUCUAUAUGCACUCUGUUGAACUUGUAGCUUUGUUCCUGCAUGACACCGAGUCCUUGUGUGAGUUGUCUGCACAGCUUCUCAUUGAGUUGGCAAAAUGACCAAAUUCAUGCUAAUCAUAGUGGGCUUCAUAUAAUCUUACUACAACUGGCUUUAUAAUAUGUAGAAAGGCUCAUGAAUCUUGACUCCUGCCAGGCUCAGAUUUUGCUUUCACGCUUCUGUUAAAAAAACAAACACUGCUGUCCUUCUCACUUUCUUCCACCAGGUGUCAGCAAACACAUAGCAAACACACAACAAACACUUCCCUGCAGACUUCCUCCUCACAAAGUUGCGCUCAGUUCUGCUUUUUGUCAACUAAACUCAGUUUCUAAAGAUAAAAAGCAAAGUUUAUAGUACAUGCAUGCAUUAAACACAAUAAUAUGUCAGUUAUGUUGGCUUAAGUCCCACAGUCAGACCCAUUUCUGCAUGUUUCGUAAUCACCACGUUGAUUUGCAAACGCAGUUGCAGAUUUAUUACACUUUAAUCGUGUGUUUUAUCACUAAUGUUGUCUUUUAAAACUCAUCACAAAGAGGUGAAACGGUUAAAGUGUGCUCGCUGUAAGCAGAUUAGGAAACGUUGAAUUGCAGCAGUUGUGUUGGUGGGGGUGGGAGGAGUGUGCGUAAUCAUAACAGUAGAUCUCCAAACGCUGCGCCUUCUCUCUGCGGAGCUGCGCACUGGGCAGCCGCAGCUUUCAGAUCUACGCAGCGCCUCGUUUCACGUCCUCCAGACCUCCCUUCCCCUCGCUCGACCCCCGUGCCUCGCUUGUCCUCUACAUGGACUUCGCGUUUCCAACUUCUCCACUAAACGCGGCGUCGACAUGGACUCUGUGGCUUCGUAGUGUCUCCGUCGGGGCGCCGCUCGUAUGGCCGGAGCUUGCUGCAAGUGUCCGGUCUCUCUGUCCGUGUUCAAGCGCUCUCUCUCGGUGGCUCCGCGGGGCUGCGGCUCCGCUCCUCGGUUCCUCCUGCCAGGCUGGAGGCUCGGGGAGCGGGGCCUGCAGGAGGCCGCCCGACCCUCCAGCGCCCUCAGACCCGCAGGUUUCCACCGACAGACGGCUUUUCUGCGUCUCUCCUGCCAGGAGUCCAUGAGCGAGAGUCUGCGGACCUGUUACCUGUACCUGAACCAGACCAGCCGGAGCUUCGCUGCUGUGAUUCAGGCGCUGGACGGAGAGCUCAGACAUGCAGUGUGUAUUUUCUACCUGGUGCUGAGGGCGCUGGACACGGUGGAGGACGACAUGAGCAUCCCUCUGGACAAGAAGGUGCCGAUGCUGAACGACUUCCACACCUACCUGUACCAGGAUGAGUGGUGCUUCACCGAGAGCCAGGAGAAAGACCGGCAGGUUCUGGAGGAUUUCCCCACGAUAUCACUGGAGUUCAGAAACCUCGCUCAGGAAUACAGAGACGUCAUCUCAGAUAUCUGCCACCGGAUGGGCGUGGGAAUGGCGGAAUUCCUGGAGAAGAAAGUGGGAUCCAUGAAGGAGUGGGACCAGUAUUGUCACUACGUGGCCGGUCUGGUCGGCAUCGGUCUGUCUCAGCUCUUCUCUGCCUCCCAGCUGGAAGACCCUGAAGUCGGACGCGACACUGAGCUGGCAAACUCUAUGGGCUUGUUCCUGCAGAAGACCAACAUCAUCCGAGACUAUCUGGAGGACACGCAGGAGGGACGUGCCUUCUGGCCACAAGAGGCUUGGAGCCAGUUUGCGGGUCGUCUUGAGGACUUGGCUCAUCCUGAGAAGCUGGAGUCGGCUCUGUCCUGCCUCAACCUGCUGGUCACCGACGCUCUGAGACACGUCCCGGACGUCAUCGCCUACCUGUCCCGUCUGCGCAACCAGAGCGUCUUCAAUUUCUGUGCCAUUCCACAGGUGAUGGCGAUAGCUACCCUGUCGACGUGCUACAACAACCCCAUGGUGUUCCAGGGAGUGGUGAAGAUCAGAAAGGGACAAGCUGUGACUCUGAUGAUGGAGGCCACCAACAUGAGGGCCGUGCAGACGAUCAUCGCCCAGUACAGCCAGGAGAUUCUACAGAAGGUCUCGCUCACCGACCCGUCGCGGGAGAAGACCCUGCAUAUCCUGGCCGUGAUCAGAGAGAAGUCGGCGCUGUCCCAGUCCAGCCUGCCCUCCAGGACCCACCACCUCUCUCCCAUGUACCUGUCGGCUGCCAUGCUGCUCGCCGCCCUCAGCUGGCAGUACCUCAGCACCACCGCAGCUCAGGCGCAGGGCACCGGCGACAUGCAGGGGCAGUGAACCAGCCACCCUCACCUCUCCUGGGGCACACAGACUCAUGAAGCCCCCUUUUGCCCCCUCUGGAGGCCGGGUUCUCCUCUGACUAGAGGAGCCUGCUCCCUAUUUGCUGUUUCGUUGUGUCUGCUACAGGACCGGGGACUCAUCAGACUGUGGUGUCGUCCUGGUAACGGACUCGUCCCGUUAGUUUGUUUGAUAGUGAUGUUGUGGUAGCCCAUCCUCUGUCUGGAUAAACUGUUUACACACAGUGUGGUUUAAUUCACCAGCAUCAAUCAAUCACUGAAACAGUUCAGGGUGUUUGUUUGUCAGUUGAUGUUUAUGUUGGUUCUGUUUUUGUUCCUUUUUGUUUUGACCCACUGUUUUCAGCAUAUUUAACUAUUGGAUUACAGUUUAAAAGUGGCUGAAACACAUGACGAAGCACGUUUUAGGAUUUUGGGGGUAACACAGUCACCAAACUUCAUUAAGCUUCUGUUUCAUUUAGUUUCAAAGCCUCGUUUCCUUAUUUCUCAUGUCAGAUCAAAGCUAGCUUCAUGUUCCGCUUAUCACGUUUCUGUAGGAGAAACGCUUAAAUCGGUGCACUUUGCAGCUUUUGCGCUGUGUCUUUUAGUGUGGACGACGUGGAUUUGUUUCAGCACUUUUCUCACUUCAAUUUCAACUCUUUUAAAUUCAUGAGAAAAACUGCAGUGUGCAAUAGCAGGUUAGCUUUACUCGACGUGGACUGUUUAAAUGGAAAUACUGAACAAAUGGAAAUCCUGAUACUUUUGGUAUCGGCAUGAGAUGCAAACUGAGACUGCUAGCUAAGUGUCCUUAAUGCAGCUUUGGGGAGUAGAAAGGCUAGCGCAGAGUAACCUUAUACAGAACCAAAGGAGAGCUACAAACAUUGCUAUGUAAUGUGACAUGUUGAUUUGUACAUAUUGGAACAAAUAAAGAGGUGAAAGAAUCCAA